AUGCUUUUCACAGCCGGGUCAGAAGAGAAGGGUCACUGCCGUCCGAGAGCAAAGCGCAGGAAGGGGAGGAGUGCGGUGGAGAGGGGCAGUUCUUUCCAUCGUCAGGAUAAGGUGGCAUUGGCCGGUGGCGACGACGUGCUACAUUCUGGGCCUGCCAAAGACGGGGAGGGUAAGGGACGAGGGGCUGUAGGCGCUAAGGGCGACAGUGAUGGGGAGCGCAAGGGACGAGGGGCUGUAGGCGCUAAGGGCGACAGUGAUGGGGAGCGCAAGGGACGAGGGGCUGUAGGCGCUAAGGGCGACAGUGAUGGGGAGCGUAAGGGACGAGGGGCUGUAGGCGCUAAGGGCGACAGUGAUGGGGAGCGUAAGGGACGAGGGGCUGUAGGCGAUAAGGGCGACAGUGAUGGGGAGCGCAAGGGACGAGGGGCUGUAGGCGCUAAGGGCGACAGUGAUGGGGAGCGUAAGGGACGAGGGGCUGUAGGCGCUAAGGGCGACAGUGAUGGGGAGCGUAAGGGACGAGGGGCUGUAAGCACUAAGGGCGACAGUGAUGGGGAGCGUAAGGGACGAGGGGCUCCCGAGCCUGAAUUCUAUGCGGAGAUGGGAGUGAAAGCAACUGCUGCUCCUACUGGAUAUCUUGAUCGUAAAGACCAGACCCGAAGGAGGCGUGACGAUCGCGAGGACCCUUAUGCUGCUCUCAGAGGGCCAUCACUAAAUGCUGGGAAAGGAGCAGACCCGUUGCCUACAGGGUCAUGGCGUCAUAACAAGGAGGGAAAAGACCCACUUGCGAAGCGUCUCGAGACACGGGAUUCACCGGAUCUUGAUAAAGACGACUUUAAGCCCAAACGGUACGCUGACCCAACGGCCGCAGCAGCAAACGACGGUGUGGCAGGUGGGAUGUGGGCAAACACAUUGGGUGAUUGUGGCGGAGUUAUGGCUGGCUCUCCGUACGAUGAACGUGACGAAAGGGGCGACGACUACACCUGGAAAAGGGAUCCACACACGAACGAGGGGAGGGGUGAGAGCAUGUGCACGCCCGGUGCAUCUGGUCGUCUCAAUCCGGCUCGCCCCAAGACGGUGGAGCAGCUCACGCGAGAGCUUGAGCUAGCAAACAGCGAACUAGCAACCCUCAAGGCAAAACCAGCUUGCAAUGGCGUCAAAAACCGCGGACCCCCUUCCCAAGUUCCUCCUCUGGCACCUUUGGCGAGCGACCCAUCAUCUGGGGGCCUCAGUCCCGAGGUAGCUGAUGAGAGCACCCCGACAGAGGGCCAGCCCAUUCGGCGCAGGCAUGGAAUGCCCACUCUCGAGAAACUGAGGGCGUUCCGGGGGACGGCUCAGGCUGAUAACGAGGAGGAGGAGGAGGAGGAGGAGGAGGAGGAGGAGCAAGAGGAUUUCAAUGAGAAGGAGGAGGAGGAGGAGGAGCAAGAGGAGGAGGAGCAAGAGGAGGAAGAGGAGGAAGAGGAGGAGGAGGAUGAGGAUGAGGAGGAUGAGGAGGAGGAUGAAGAGGAGGAAGAGGAAGAGGAGGAUGAUGAGCAGGGGGGGAAGGAGUUGAGAGGGAGCAGAAGGCACAAGAGAGGCAAAAACAUGGGUGGCAGGAGGGGAAAGUGA